UUAUUGACGAAAACCAAAACAUCAAUCUUGAUAAGGGUAUAAGGAUCGCUCAAAGAAGAUGAAUAUAAAUCAUCAUGUUCAAGUUACGUACUUCCAGUCAAGGUUUAAUCUUUUCAAUUAAACAAUGUAAUGUCAAACAACUCUAAAUUCGAAAACUAUACAAGUUACCAAACUGGUUACUGAAAUCAGAACAGGGCAUGUCUUUACCAUAUAAAAAAAUUAACUCUUUUGUUUACUAUAUACAACAAUUGAUAUUAUAACUUUUGGAAAUACUUGGAACUUGGCCACUAAAAACCUACUUCCUAUUGUUGAUGAAACAUAUAAAAUGGCAUUCAAUUUACAAUUAUUGAUCAGUGAUAAUAGAUCCCUCUGAAAAAAUCAAUCAAAACUCCAUCAUGAAAUUCCUUUUGUGCCUCGCUCUCUGCUUUGCUGCCGCUCAAGCUGGACUUGUGGGAGUACAGAAUGCAGUAACUUACUCCGCUGGAGUUGCAGUCCCAUCUGUUUACAACACACCACUGGCUUACAAUGCUCCUUUGACUUAUAAUGCUCCUCUGGCUUACAAUGCGCCAUUGGCUUACUCUGGAUACCCAUCGGUUUAUAGCGCAAGAUUAGCUUCUCCAGCUCUUUAUAACAAUGUUGGUUUUGCUAGCCCAUUGGUCAGGUCUGCUUUUUCUGCUCCAACCGUCUAUUCCAGUCCAAUCAUUGCCAACACUUUGUUGAAGAAAUAA